GUAAUACAAACUCGUCAAAACGCGUGUUCAAUAUUCUAACCCCCACUGUCAAAUCCACCAAAAAAAGGUCAAUAUUAUAAUCCAAUAAAAACUGUCCACGUGGAGAAAUCCCAUCAUCCGUCACCGUAGAAAGUCUUCCUCGACAAAUCCUCUUAAAUUUGAUUAUCCAGAAUUCUCCCCGUUCGCCUUCUUCUUCUCGUUUCCGUAGGAAUCAGAUUCUCAGAAGAUCCCCUUUCCCCACCGUCGAUCGGUGCGGCUCCCCGGAAUACACAGGUAUUUUGCGUUUUCUAAGGUUGUAAGAUGGCAAGUGGGUUAGGGGAGUCAACAAACAGACAACCCCCAAGCCCUUCUUGCUCAAGCAGCAACAAUAACAGCGACGCCGCAAAUUUCGAGUGCAACAUCUGCUUCGAAUUGGCUCAAGAUCCAAUCGUUACACUCUGUGGUCACCUCUUUUGCUGGCCUUGCCUCUACAAAUGGCUCCACAUCCAUUCCCAUUCCCAUUCCCAAGGUUGCCCCGUAUGCAAAGCUCUCAUCGAGGAGGAAAAGUUAGUACCUUUAUACGGGCGGGGCAAGAAUUCAACGGACCCCCGCUCCAAAUCAUUCCCCGGGUCGGAUAUUCCCCACCGACCCACGGGUCAGCGACCCGAAACAGCUCCUCCGCCUGAUCCAAACGCCCAUGCUUUCGCAGACCAAGGAGGGUAUGGGUUCAUGGGGGGUUUUGGCCCCUUUGGGGGGUUUGCACCUGCUGCUACUGCUAGAUUUGGGAACUUCACAUUGUCCACUGCGCUCGGUGGACUGUUCCCUUCGUUUUUCAAUAUCCAAGUGCAUGGAUUUCCGGAUGCUAAUAUGUAUGGACCGGGCCACGGUUUUCAGUUUGGUUUUCCGAACGCGUUUCAUGGUGCACCUGCUGCUGGUUAUGGAGUACCUCAGCAUGUGAAUCCGCAACAGCAGGCGGAUUCUACGCUCAAGAUGCUGAUGUUUGUGAUUGCUUUUAGUGUGCUUCUGACUCUGAUUUGGAGUUAGCGGGGUAAAUCUUUGCUCUAAAGCUGGAUUUUCGGAACAAUAUUUAGUAAUAUAUUUAUAUAUAUAGAGGGAAAGUCAUUGUAUAGUUCUGGUGCCGCUAGCUGCUUGCCAGUUUCCGUCGUUUGGAUUUGUCGCUUUUAUUUGGUGUAGAUUUAAAAUAAAUUAUUUUGCUAUAUAUAAUAUGUACAAUUAUCAUCAUCUCAAUUUGAUGCUCUAACUUAUCACCGUGUCA